AUGGUAACAGAGACGUCUGCUAGUGACAAGACGUACGUCAACGGUAACAAGACGUCUGCUGGUGACAAGACGUACGUCAAUGGCAAUAAUGAGACGUCUGCAAGUGCCAGCCGUACCUCAACGUUGCUGCGCGGUGCUGCGGACGCAGUGCUGUAUGAGCACCUUCUCAGCACGUCCGAGUUCGAUGCUGUGCUGCUGUGGCUGAGGCGCGACCUCCUGCCCAUGCUGCCCCACCUGCAGCAGGUGGCAGCGCAGCUGGCUGAUGUCGUGGCAGGUGGGGGAUGUCGUGGCAGGUGGGGGAUGUCGUGGCAGGUGGGGAGUGUCGUGGCAGACCCGGCUAUGACGUCAGCAUCGCGACGUCGGCGACGAGCAGCUGACGAUGGUGCAGGUGCUGCUGACGAUGCAGGAUCGGUGACCCAGCGGCUGGGGUCUGCGCUGUGUGGGGAAGACGUGGGGCUUCCUCAACAGGCGCUGCGUCUUCUGGCCAACCUGCCAGCCAAGUCCUCCCCAACUUCUGCCACACCCCCUCCCCCCGCCUGGUGCCCCGCCCUGAUGCGGGGGCUGCGUCUGGGUCCCGCUGACGACGUGAGCUCGUCGCUCCUUCGUCGCUUCGUCGCGCCGCUGCUCACUGGACGCGUCGUCUACACGCCACGCAACGCCGUCACUGACGCCAUCGUCAGCAACAUGAACACGACGCUGCAGAGGUGGGCAGUUCAGCGCGAGGUGUUCUCUCUGCUCCACCUGCUGGUGUCGCAGCUCUUCUUCAGCAGCGAAGUGUCCUCAGCGCUGCAGGAGAUGACCUGGGUCCUGUCCCAGCCCCUCGUGUCCUCCACCCUCCUGCAACUCCUGCCGCAGGAGGCUCCUCAGAUCCUACAGCUCCUAGAAGCUCUCCAACGGCAGCAAGGCAGUGGAGCUGUGAUGGUGCAGGCGCUGCUGGACGAGGCCUCACCGCUGCUGCAGCUGGCUGAGUGCAUUGAGCUGGACCGCUUUGUGCCAGCUGAGGACGAACAACAGCUGCUGGAGAUGGCACAGCGAGCACACAACGAUGAAGCCUUCCUGGCAGGAGUGGUGUUUGGGGGCGUAGGAGGAUCUGCGGACAACUCGUCACGUCUUCCGCCGCACGUCUCCUACGUCAUCCGCGGUGACGCCGCCAGGCUGCCGUCGUCCCGCCAGGCUGGCCCAACGUUCUGGAGGCCUGGACCCUACGCCGACUACGGGGACCAGCUGUUGUACCACCAGGGCUUUGUUAUCCUACAGAACGCGCUGGACGAGGCGAUCAUGAAGACCCUCUACCAGCAGACCUCUUCAACCACCACCCGGUCUGCAAGCGCUGCAGUGGGUCUGCAUUUCGAUCAAUCUGCCGUGGAAGACGUAGAGACAAUUUUCGACGACACGAUUUCCAGGAUGAACAGCCAUAUUGUGAAGGAUCCUUUUGAAGACGACAGGCAGUUGGAGGCCUGGAUGGACGUCCUCACCCAGUUGAGGGGAGUCCGUGAAGCUUUUCUCACUGGGGAGCAGAUUCCGACUGCACCCCGUUCUUCCCCGCUAACUAAAGAGGCGGUAACAUCUAGGAAGGUGAGAGCUGCUGGGAGUGGCAGUGACUUAUAUAAAGCCUCUCACACAUAUAGAGGCUCCAGAGACCUCCACUCAUACGGAGACGCCAGAGACCUCCUCUCAUACGGAGACUCCAGAGACUCCCACUCAAAUGGGGAAGGCAGAGACAUGAGGGGAGUCCGUGAAGCUUGGCUCACUGGGGAGCAGACUCCGACUGCACCCCGUUCUUCCCCGCUAGCUAAAGAGGCGGUAACAUCUAGGAAGGGGAGGGCUACAGAGAGUGGCAGUGACUCGUAUAACGCCUCUGACAAAUAUGGAGACGGCAGAGACCCACACUCAUAUGGAGAUGUCAGAGACCCCAAUUCAUAUGGAGACGUCAGAGACCCCCGCUCAUAUGGGGAUGGCAGAGACCCCCACUCAUAUGGAGACUCCAGAGACUCCCACUCAAAUGGGGAAGGCAGAGACCUCCGCUCAUUUGGAGACUCCAGAGACACCUUCUCAUAUGGAGACGCAAGAGACUCUCACUCAUAUGGAGACGGCAGAGACGCUCACUCAUUAGGGAACUCGUCAUUUCGUCGUCGUCGCGACGUCUCGGGAGGUCAAGAGGCCGCGUUCAACGUGUCCAUCGUCAACCGCAGCGCAGAGGUGGACAGCCUCCUGAACAUGGUCGUGUCCACCGCGCAGAUGCCGUAUCCCUGCUACAGCCGCGACGUGUAA